CUUCGGCGGCCAUGGCUCCCAACGUGCCCAUGGCCGAACCGGCUAGAGAGUGUCCUGAAGGCAUCCGGGCCGUGCUUCUAGGGCCGCCCGGAGCCGGCAAGGGUACCCAGGCACCCAAGUUGGCUGAAAACUUCUGUGUCUGCCAUUUGGCUACUGGGGACAUGCUGAGAGCCAUGGUGGCUUCUGGCUCAGAGCUGGGAAAAAAGCUGAAGGCAACUAUGGAUGCCGGGAAACUGGUGAGCGAUGAAAUGGUCGUGGAGCUCAUUGAGAAGAAUUUGGAGACGCCUCCAUGCAAAAAUGGUUUUCUUUUAGAUGGCUUCCCUCGGACUGUGAGGCAGGCAGAAAUGCUUGAUGACCUCAUGGAGAAGAGGAAAGAGAAGCUUGAUUCUGUGAUUGAAUUCAGCAUCCCAGACUCUCUGCUGAUCCGGAGAAUCACAGGAAGACUGAUUCACCCCGAGAGUGGCCGUUCCUACCACGAGGAGUUCAACCCCCCAAAGGAGCCCAUGAAAGAUGAUAUCACCGGGGAACCCUUGGUCCGCCGAUCAGAUGAUAAUGAGAAGGCCUUGAAAAUCCGCCUGGAGGCCUAUCACACUCAAACUGCCCCGCUGGUGGAGUACUACAGUAAACGGGGGAUCCACUCUGCCAUCGACGCAUCCCAGACCCCUGACGUUGUGUUUGCAAGCAUCCUAGCAGCCUUCUCCAAAGCCACAUGUAAAGACUUGGUUAUGUUUAUAUAAUGUUGGGUCCAAAAGGGAACUUCUUUCUUCUUCCUGUCCCUGUUGAAGGAGUGGGUGGGAAUGGCAGAGCAGGCAGAGGGAAAAUUCUUCAGGCCAGCAAGAGUAUCAUUUGAUGUACUGAUUAAAAAAGCACUUGCUUCAUGUAU